UUUCCAUGCACAUACAACUUGGGGUCAUGACUCAUGAUAAAGUCAUAUGUCAUUUUUUGGUAUAUAUUAGUAGCAUUUAAUCCUGAUUGUUUAAGCAAGAGAUCUUGAGGUUAUUCUUGCCAUUUUAUUUCUAUUAUGAAAUGAAACGCACACAAUUUCAUCACCUAGUUCUACUAAUAACCAAAGGAUCUUUCAUGUCUCUCACAGUUGCAAUAAUAUUAUCAUCCUCAAUCUAUAAUCUUUUGUUUGUCCCUUCACUUGCAGCUGCUCAACCAACAAGUGAAGCAUCUGCGCUUUUAAAAUGGAAAGCCAGCCUUGAUAAACAAAGCCAAUCGCUUCUUUCUUCAUGGACCGGAAGCAACCCGUGUCAUGAUAAUUGGACCGGAAUUGGUUGCAGUAACCGUGCUGCAGCUGCAGAAAGUGUUGUAACAAGCAUUAGAAUUCAGAAUUUAAACUUAUCAGGUACACUUAGUGAUCUUGAUACAUGGUCAUUAAGGAAUUUUGAAUCUUUGGAUCUUUCAUUUAACUCACUCUAUGGCCACAUUCCUUCCAAGAUUGGUAACAUGUCAGGACUAAAAUAUCUUGACUUGUCUCACAAUUACUUCUCAGGGGUGAUUCCAUCAGAGAUAGGAAUGCUAAGAUCUUUGGAUAAGCUUCAUUUGACCAAUAACAGUCUUACUGGUCAUAUCCCAAAUAGCAUAGGCAACAUCACCAACUUAACUGAGGUUCUUUUGUCUGGUAAUGGUCUUAUUGGUUUUAUCCCAAAUAGCAUUGGUAACCUCAGAAAGUUAGUUCGGGUUGAUUUAUCUAGAAAUAAACUUACCCGUCCAAUACCUCCAGAAAUCGGGACAAUGAGUUCACUCAAGAUCCAAUACCUUGACCUUUCUUCUAAUUAUCUUACUGGAGCCAUUCCUUCAUCAAUAGGAAAUUUAACCAAUCUCUAUUUUCUAUAUCUGUAUAGUAACCAACUUUCUGGGUCCAUCCCACCCGAACUUGUUGGUGCUACGGAUCUCAUAGAUUUUGAGAUUGGUUACAACCUUAUCACAGGGACCAUACCGAUUACCUUCCGAAAUUUCAGUAGGCUAGAAACAAUGUCAUUUCGUGUUAACCAUAUGUCUGGCCCCAUUCCAGAUUAUGUUGCAAAUUACACCAAUCUGAAAGAGUUGAACUUAGGUGAGAACCAAUUCAGUGGCCUCAUCCCACCAGAAUUAGGAAAGAGAACAGCCUUGGUUAUAUUGAACUUGUGCUCAAAUAAUCUUGUAGGCUCUAUUCCUCAAGAUAUGAAUCUAACUGAGAUGGAAGUGUUCCAAAUACCAUUUAACAAGUUCUCUGGUCAUUUACCAAACACAAUCUGUGAUUCGGGAUUUCUUAGACAUUUAAGUGUGCACGACAAUUUCUUCUCAGGGCCUGUACCAAAGAGCUUUAAAAAUUGUAGCAGCUUAGAAAGAGUUCGGCUUGAUGGAAACCAACUGACUGGAAACAUCUCGGAAGAUUUCGGGAUAUAUCCGGAGUUGGUAUUUAUAGAUUUGAGCAACAAUAGUUUCUAUGGCGAGGUGUCUAGUAACUGGGGGCGUUGUCCCAAUUUAACUAGCUUAAAGAUAUCCAACAACAAUUUGUCUGGAAAAAUAUCUAUAGAGCUAGGAGGAGCAACAAGAUUAGUUGAGCUUCAUCUCUCAUCAAAUCACUUAGUUGGUGAAAUCCCAAAGAGCUUUAAAAGACUAAGCUCAUUGAUGAAUUUGUACUUGGAUGGCAACAAACUGUGCGGUACAAUUCCUUCAGAACUAGGAAACCUGUACAGCUUAGAAGAACUUAACUUAGCAAAAAAUUCUCUUACUGGUCCAAUCAAUGAAUAUAUAGGAGAUUUUUUUAAGUUAAGGAUCUUGAACUUAAGCAGUAACAAAUUUGAAGGUGUUAUUCCGAUACAUAUUGCCAAGUUGGAAAAGUUAGAAUCUCUUGACCUUAGUGAAAAUAGUUUGGCUGGGAGGUUACCUUCACAGCUUGAGGAUCUAAAGACUCUACAAACAUUAAACCUCUCUCAUAAUAAUCUCUCAGGCUCUAUCCCUUCAUGUUUCACACAAAUGAUAAGUUUGACCACAGUAGAUGUAUCUUUCAAUCAGCUGGAAGGUCCACUUCCAAAUAUGCGAGCUUUUGAAGAGGCUCCAAUGGAGGCACUUGGACAUAACAAGCGGUUAUGUGGUAAAAACACAGGGUUAGAAUGUCCCAUCCAAGCGGGAAAUCAAGGUAAUAAAAAGAAGGUUUCAAAGGUGAUUCUAAUCAUACUUCCUACUUUGGGUUCAUUGUUCUUGUUGGUUUUUAUGAGUUUCAUAUUCUUUUAUCUGCCUAAAAGAAAUCCAAAUGAUGCAAAUACGACACAAGUGACACAAGAAAACCCUUUUACCAUCUGGAGCUACGAUGGAAAAAUGGUGUAUGAGAGCAUCAUUGAAGCCUUAGGGGACUUUGACUCAAAGCAUAUUGUUGGGGUUGGUGGACAUGGGGCCGUUUAUAAAGCAGAAUUGUCAAUGGAAGUUUUGGCGGUGAAAAAAAUUCACCAACCAGAAGAGGGUGAGACGCAAAAUCUCAAGAGUUUUGAAAAUGAGAUUCGAGCAUUGACAGAAAUACGCCAUCUAAACAUUGUCAAGCUCUAUGGAUUUUGUGUACAUUCCCGGCACUCAUUUCUGGUAUAUGAGUUUUUGUCAGGGGGUAGCUUAAGGAGUGUACUGAAUCACAUGGAACAAGCUGUUGAAUUUGAUUGGGAAAAGAGGGUGAUGGCUGUUAAAGGUAUUGCAAAGGCCUUAUCCUAUAUGCACCAUGAUUGUUCACAACCAAUCAUCCACAGAGACUUGUCGAGCAACAAUAUUAUAUUCGAUUCGGAUUGGGUUGCUCAUAUAUCUGAUUUUGGCACGGCGAGGCUAUUAAAGCCAGACUCCUCGAAUUGGACUUCAUUUGCUGGAACCUUUGGUUAUGCUGCUCCAGAACUUGCAUACACGAUGGAAGUGAAUGAAAAGUGUGAUGUUUACAGUUUUGGGGUAAUAACACUAGAAAUUAUAAUGGGGAAGCAUCCGGGAGAUUUUCUCACAUCGUCACAAGACUUCGAGGGCGUAUCCUGGACUGAAAUUCCGGACCAACGCCUUCCUCCACCUGAGGAACAAACUGCUGAGCAAGUACAAUCACUUGUCAAGAUUGCAUUCUCAUGCCUACAUCAGAGCCCUCACUCAAGGCCAUUAAUGAGGGAUAUUGCUCUUGGUUUCUCAGCUGCUGCAAAAAGGAUCACCCGUGGAAAUGCUUCAAGCUUUUAUCGAGCUACUUAAAUACCAUAAUACGUACAUUUCAUUUCAUAAAUAACAUUACAAGAUUUAUUGUAGUGGUAUGUUCUACGUAUUUCUCUAAUACGUUGUAUGUGUUAGAACAAAGUUAAAUUUAAUUAUGUUUAUGUAUUAGAUAUAUGUAUAUGUGAUAUGCACUCGAUUUAGACAAGAUAACUUAUGUAAUUUUCGCGGGUGAACAUUUAAACAACUGCCGGAG